UUAAUAAUAAUAAUAAUGACACAGUUUUCAGCUUCUUCUCUCCACUAAUCGACCAAUAAUUUCCCUUUCUCUCAAUUUUCUUUUUCCCAUUUAGGGUUCCAAUUUAUGAACAAAAUCAACUGAUCCAAAGCCAAACAACGAGCAGCAGCACAAGUUUGUGGUUAUGGAUCAGCAAGGCCAUGGGCAGACUUCGGCCAUGGGCAUAGUUGGUAGUGCAGCGGCAGUUCCUUAUGGUAUAACCGGCUAUCAAGCGAAUCAAAUGAUGGGAACCUCAACUCCUGGAUCAGUCGGUUCAGUCCGACCCCCUACUCAGCCUGCGGGCCCCUCUGCUUCAUCGGCCCAGCUGGCACAACAGCAACUAGCUUAUCAGCAUAUCCACCAACAACAACAGCAGCAAUUGCAACAACAACUCCAGCGCUUUUGGGCGAAUCAGUAUCAAGAAAUUGAGCAGGCUACGGAUUUUAAAAACCAUAGCUUACCGUUGGCCAGGAUUAAGAAGAUCAUGAAGGCAGAUGAGGAUGUUAGGAUGAUAUCAGCUGAAGCUCCGGUCGUGUUUGCUAGGGCCUGUGAAAUGUUCAUUCUCGAGUUGACACUGAGGUCGUGGAAUCACACCGAGGAAAACAAGAGGAGGACCCUUCAGAAGAAUGACAUCGGAGCAGCAAUUACAAGGACCGAUAUAUUCGAUUUUCUGGUUGAUAUCGUCCCGAGAGAGGAUAUAAAAGAUGAGGUUCUCGCAUCUGUUCCGAGAGUUGAAGGAUCGGCUGAUGGUCUUCCUUACUAUUACAUGCCGCCUCAACUUGCUCCCCAGGCUGGUGCUCCGGGUAUGACUGUAGGUAAGCCGGUGAUGGAUCCCACCUUUUAUGGCCAAAAGUCUGGCCCUUAUGCCGGUCAGCCGGUAUGGCCGCCACAGCAGCAGCAGCAACCGCCUCCGGAUUCAUAAAUGUGAUCUUAAUGUCUACUUAAGAGCUUAAAGGACAGUGCAAGUGAAUUAAUCAUCAUAUCCGUAGUAUAUUAAUAUGUGAUUGAAUUCUACAACAUAUCAGUGCAUUGCUAUAUUGCAUUACAAUUUAGUUUUAUAUAUAUAGUGUAACAGUUCAAAGAUACUUGCUUUUGUAAAUUCGAAGUGACAUGUUUUUCAUGUAUUUGGAAAAUCAUAUCUAUAACUAUGAAUGUUAAAUCGGACCAA